UACUUUGUAGUUGUGGCUCCUUACAAAGAACUAACUUGAAGUCCCGAGGCCGCGCGGGGCAGUCAGAGAGUGGUCAGUUGUUUGUCGACUACCUUGCUGAAUGCCGGCAUAAUCUAGCUCUGUAGAAGUGCUCUCCAGAAUCGCGCGCUCUGUACCCACGAGGUUUUCCAUUUGAUAAAUUGGCGUUGCUGUGAGUUUUGGAGAUCAGAAUGUCUCAUGCAGAAAAGCAACCUCUCUUGGCUGGAGGCGGUGGCAGCCAACAGACGCCUUACCCUCCUGCGGCAGCCCCAGUAGCAGCAGCGCCGUACCCACCUGCUGGCGGCCAACCAGGUGCUGGUGGAUAUCAAACUGCUGGUGGUGCUCCUCCAGCCUCUGCACCCGCAGCCAGUGCCCAGGAAGCAGGUCCAGCCAUGCAGGGCGGUACGGCUGCAGCACCUCUCCUCGAACACAUGGAGAAGGUGGCUGGUUAUGAGGGUGUCGGAUUUAGUGAAGAUAACUUCAUGGCACCUCCUAGUUAUGACGAAGCCAAUGCUCCGAAGCCAGUGUCGGCGCCAUCAAUCCAUGAUAACGUAGCACGCAUCAGCGAGGACGAAGUGCGUGCAGCCCUGAUGGUCCAUGUGUCUCAGCACUGCUGCUAUGGCAAAGGCGCCGCUCGGGAUAUGGCGAUUAGCCAGAUCAAUCCCACCAAUGCAUUUCAUUAUCGUCUUGAGACGUUCACUGAGAGUCGCCGCACAGCUUGGCAGCACACACCAUUCAAAGGCCAGCCAAUCGAUAGCUGCAUGAAUGGCAUAGCUCCACAAGCCUGGCAGAUUGACAUUCCCCCUGGUCGCUUCUUCGAGGAUCGCAGGAUGGAUAUGGAAGUGCCACACACGGCCUAUGUGAAGCCAUGCCAUAAUUGCGGCGCACGUGGAUACAACCGCUGUCAUCACUGCCACUCUCGUGGCUAUGAUGUGUGCCAUCAAUGCAGUGGACAAGGCAAGGUCUGGCAGCAGGGUCAGGCAGGGGAGAAUGGUCGCUUUGAUCGUUGUCACCACUGCCAUGGAACUGGACGCAAGAGCUGCCAUCACUGCAAUGGCCAGGGUCAGAUUGUGUGCCCGGUGUGCCGUACCUAUGGCAGCCUGAAGUGGUUCAUCAACCUAACCGUCACCUGGAAGAACCACAUUGAUGACCAUGUGGUGGAGGCCACAGAGCUGCCAGCUCAUCUCAUUGUCAAUGCUGCUGGCAAACUGGCCAUGGAGGAGGAUCAUCCUCGUCUGGCUCCAUUGACGGCUUUCCCAGACCCUCACAUCAACAACGCCUCUGCACGCCUUGUGACACAGCAUGCUGGUGCUUUCCCACUGGAAAGGAUGCACCGCCAGCGUCACAGUGUGCGUAUUGUUCCCGUCAGCGAGGCACACUUUGCCUUCAAGGACAAGCCAGGACGAUUCUGGGUGUACGGUGACAAUCGCCUGGUGCAUGCACCCGAGUAUCCUCAGCAGUGCUGCUGUGGCUGCACCAUCUUGUGAUCUCACAGCCAGAUUGGAGAUCUGUCGGCAUAAUCCUCCGCAAGUGCUCAUCCAUAUGUGGCUGCAAGUACUGUGCGUCUUUUCCCUCUCCUCUAUCAUAUAUGCAUUAUUAUCAAAGGAAUAUUACUCUAGAAUCAUGACAAAUACUUCUAGUUUUAAAAGAUUUAUUCACGAAACGCUUUGCAAUGAAAUAUGAAUUCCCUGACAAUUUCCAACAAUGCCCAGCCUCCGAGUUGGAAUAGGACUGAGGCCGAAAUGAUCACAUUUUGAAUUUCUAUACUUGCAGCAAUGCCCUUUCUAUCCGAUUUAGGUAUCACUUUGAUGGCAAUUUUUUUUACUUCUAACAGUUUUUCAUUUUUUUCUUUUAAAAUUACGCGUAACCUGUUCUCUCUCCCUCUCUAUCUCAUCUUCUCUUUUCUCCUUUUAGACGUUUGCAGCUGAAACCCUCGAUCAAAGCAUUGAUGUGCAGCAUAUGUUUUUCUUUGCUUGAAAGUAGUUGUGACACAAAACAUCACCAACUGUAA